GGCGCGGGGCUGCGGCGGCGGCCGCGCCCCCGGCGCGGAGACAAAGCGGCGCCGCGCACACGCGGAGCCCGGCACCAUGGGGAGCAGCAAGAGCAAGCCCAAAGACGCCAGCCAGCGGCGGCGCAGCCUGGAGCCCACGGAGAACGCCCACCAUGGGGGCUAUCCGGCCUCCCAGACACCCAGCAAGACCACCGCUCCCGACGCCCAUCGCACGCCCAGCCGCACCUUCGGGACCAUGGCUGCGGAGUCCAAGCUCUUUGGGGGCUUCAACACCUCCGACACCGUCACGUCGCCGCAGCGCUCCGGGGCUCUGGCGGGUGGAGUCACCACCUUCGUGGCCCUCUACGAUUACGAGUCCCGGACGGAAACAGACUUGUCCUUCAAGAAAGGAGAACGUCUCCAAAUUGUCAACAACACGGAAGGCGACUGGUGGCUGGCUCACUCCCUCACCACCGGCCAGACUGGCUACAUCCCCAGUAACUACGUCGCGCCCUCGGACUCCAUCCAGGCUGAAGAGUGGUAUUUUGGAAAGAUCACUCGGCGGGAGUCCGAGCGGCUGCUGCUCAACCCCGAAAACCCCCGCGGGACCUUCCUGGUGCGGGAAAGCGAGACCACGAAAGGCGCCUACUGCCUCUCCGUCUCCGACUUCGACAACGCCAAGGGGCUCAACGUGAAGCACUACAAGAUCCGCAAGCUGGACAGCGGCGGUUUCUACAUCACCUCGCGCACCCAGUUCAGCAGCCUGCAGCAGCUGGUGGCCUAUUACUCCAAGCACGCCGAUGGCUUGUGUCACCGCCUCACCAACGUCUGCCCCACCUCCAAGCCCCAGACCCAAGGCCUGGCCAAGGACGCGUGGGAGAUCCCCCGGGAGUCUCUGCGGCUCGAGGUGAAGCUGGGGCAAGGCUGCUUUGGAGAAGUGUGGAUGGGGACUUGGAACGGCACCACCAGAGUGGCCAUAAAGACACUGAAACCUGGCACUAUGUCUCCGGAGGCAUUCCUGCAGGAGGCCCAGGUCAUGAAGAAGCUCCGCCAUGAGAAGCUUGUUCAGCUCUACGCAGUGGUUUCAGAGGAGCCCAUUUACAUUGUCACUGAAUACAUGAGCAAAGGGAGCCUCCUGGACUUCCUGAAGGGAGAGAUGGGCAAGUACCUGCGGCUGCCCCAGCUCGUGGACAUGGCGGCUCAGAUCGCAUCCGGCAUGGCUUAUGUGGAGAGGAUGAACUACGUGCACCGCGAUCUCCGCGCGGCCAACAUCCUUGUGGGUGAGAACCUGGUGUGCAAAGUGGCUGACUUUGGCUUGGCGCGCCUCAUCGAGGACAACGAGUACACUGCCCGGCAAGGUGCAAAGUUCCCCAUCAAGUGGACGGCCCCCGAAGCAGCUUUGUAUGGCAGGUUCACCAUCAAGUCGGAUGUCUGGUCCUUUGGCAUCCUCUUGACUGAGCUAACCACCAAGGGCAGAGUGCCGUACCCAGGGAUGGUCAACCGGGAGGUGCUCGACCAGGUGGAGCGGGGCUACCGGAUGCCUUGCCCGCCGGAGUGCCCUGAGUCACUGCACGACCUCAUGUGCCAGUGCUGGAGGAAGGACCCAGAGGAGCGGCCCACCUUCGAGUACCUGCAGGCCUUCCUCGAGGACUACUUCACAUCGACAGAGCCCCAGUACCAGCCCGGCGAAAACCUAUAGACCUGGAGCUCCUCCUGGCACCAGAGACCCCCUAGGCCUCACAGUGCGCGUGGGGCACAUGGCUCGUGGAGGUCUACUGUCCUCGCACCCAAGGAGGGUUUUGAGGAGCAGCACCAGGGGCAGGACAGGGCAUUGCUUCCAGGCAUGGACAGUGGAGGUGCUGGAUUCUCCUGUGGCUAAUUAAGACUUCUGGUCCCUGUUUAACGAAGCAUCGCUGUUCUGCUGGCAAGAGGAGUCUGAAGGCACUGUGCACCGGCUGGGCCGGAGACAUCACUCCAGAUGGUGAGCGAAGAAGCGGGCUCACGGGGCGUCGUCCCCAGAGAGCCUUCGGCCUUUGCAAGACAUUUUCCCCCAGUAGCUCCGCGGCGCUUGCGGCAGCUGGCUUUCUGAGUCGGGCGUCAGUGCUGCAGGACACCACCUUCUGCCUCGGACACACGGUCCUUGCCUUCUGCACCCCCUUCUGCAUCAGCACAAGUCUCCCUGCCCCACUUCACCUGCCCCUCAGUCCCUCUCCAUGCCCCAUGCCGGUUGUCCCCAAAGGGCUCGCAGAGACAUUUCACUUUGUGGGAGGCAGCAGCCGUUGCUGUUUCUGACUCGGAUACUCUUCCGGAGGGUGGACAUUACAUUUUGGUGCAUCCGGGCCCGGUGAUGGCCACCUCUUCCAUCCUCGCUGUGGUGUUGCUGCAGACGUGGGGUGGGAGCCAGGACGCUGGCUGUCCUGCAUCGCUCUGGCUUCAAGCUCUGUCCAUACCUUGGGCAGGACUCUGUGGCUGAGCUACGUUAGUGCCUGUGUUGGGAGUUUUAAAUCACUGUGUCACUGCUUAAAUGUCACUGCUUGUGACUCUGGUGACUUCAGCUAUGUUGUGGGGUUGCCAGGGGGCAGUUUGAGUCUUCCAACUGUGUCUGUCCUUCAGCAAAGGGGAUCUGUGUCACCUAGGGAGCUACUUCUGGGAACACCACCAUGGAAGAUGCCACGAGAGUCCCUUCCCUUGCCUCACUGCCCAGCCCUACUGCUUUGGGUGGGUUUUCUUCCAUGAAAUGCUCCUGGUCUUCCAGCCGAUACCCCACAAAGCACGCGAGAACAACGCCAAGCCACUCUCUCCAUCCCUCUCACUUUGCUGCAAGGUUUUUCACUGCUAGAGAAACAAGGCUGUAGAGUCACUCCAGACUGUCCCCACGUAGGUCCCCAGGCCACCACGAGGUUGGGGAUGCAGCAUCCUUGGAGGACAGACCUCUGGUGGGAGCACCCGGGCCGGUUUGCAAGCUGUGGGUGCACAGAGUCGGUCAAGCCUGCCGCAGCACUCCUCCUGCGAGAGCGCUGCUGCUCUGCUGGCUUCAGAUUUAAGUUCUAGCUAGUGUGGUUUCCCCAUCCCGCCUCACUUCCGUUGUCCUGCACGUGGAUGCGGUGACCAGAUCCCUGGGGGCGUGGGAGUGCUUUGGGGGGAGCGUUGGGCUUCGGUUGAUGUUUCUGGCUGCCAGUAUGUUUUUUAGCAGCCUGCCCUCACUCACAGUGCCACGGGGCAAAGCGAGCGCCAUGCCGACAGCUCUGCUGCUGGAGGAGCGUUCCCGGGAAGCAGUGUGCCGCCUAGGAGACAGUCGCAGGCUCAUCAUCUUCCCACCUGCUCCCAAAGGUCCAUCCCCCACAGGCUGAACCCCCCCACAGCAGCGAAGCCCUAGGGCUGCCGGCGAGGUGGUCGCGGCUGGCCAGCGCUGCAGAGCAGCCCAUUCCUCUCCACGGAAGGAGUGUUCCCGAGCUGCGUCGGGGAUUUGUACAUAGCCCUCGAGUGGCCUGAGUGCUCUCCCAGAAGUUGACCUAGUUGCAUGUGCUUCCCUCCUUCCAAUGGUAACGUUAACGUGUGUGUUCGCAGUUGUACCUAGCCAGAGUCCUUUGCCGUGCUGGCUUGCUGGGCUUCGGUUACUGUCACCGCUCCCAUGUCCCUGCCCUUAGUCCUGAGAUCCUCUGUGCCAAACCCCCCGAGGGACAGGACUGCUGUCCAAGGCAUGCGCGUGGGUGUGUGCCUGCGUGUGUGUUGCCCUCAGUCCAGGUGCUUCUUCCAAGAGCUCAGCAGCAUUUUGUAGCAUCCAUCAGGACUAAAUGUCUCUCUUUGGUAUCACAGCAGCCUGGCCUCCUUGUGCAGAAGGACCUUGGGCCUUGGCCCCGUAGCUUCGUGCACCUCUUGUUCUCUGUAUUUUUCCCUUGUCCCCGUCAUUUGUGAGAUGGGGGCUUCAGCCCUGUAGCAUCACUGCAGCCCGCAGAGCCAACCCACCUCUCACUCGCUCCCUGGUGCAGCACGAGCAUCUUGGCACCUAUUUAAAGCCAGGCGGGGGAUGCUGUGCUGCCAAGGAGAAACCGCUGCUGCCCCGAGGAGGAGCGCGCUGCGGGCGGCAGCCUCGUGCCCUCACCACCAGCUUUGCCGCCAGCCCCGCGGACGGCAGCUCGGCUCCUCCCGUCGCGCCCCUCCUGCCCGCGGGAGCAGCCGAAGCCGUCGGUGCAGCCCCAUGUCUUAUUUAUUGAGUAAGUCCUCGGUCAGUGGGUCGGUUUGUGGAUCCUUUUCAAUUAGCAACACCUUCAAAAUCAGCUCAGAUGGGCUCUUCUUGGUCAGUACAGCAUGAUCCUGCUGUUGUUGGCUUGGAUAGCAGCAACUGUUGUAAUGAAUUUCUAAAUGAUUUGAGGACUUAAAGCCCUUUUCUUCCUCCCCAGCACGUUUGCUGUGCCUGGAUUCCUGUGGUUUUGCAGGGACUCUUCAAACCUUGUAAUGUUUGGGGUCCUUUAGUUUUUGCACCUCUUGGACAGUCACGCCGCCACCAUGCAGAGAAAUCCCUUCCUUUUCCAAAAAGGAGGACGCUGCGAGGGCUGUCCUGUGCCAUAACUCUGCAUAAGUUACAUGCGAUCCCCAUCCCAGGAGAAAUCCCUUAAAAUUGUAAGUUGGAAAUGUGCAAAAGCCAGAUUUGACCUGAAAGCUGGGAGAGAGCAAAGGCAAAUGCACAUAUUAAUGUUUAGCCCUUCACUUCCUUUAGCAUGUACAGUGUCUUUUAAGAGCAAAGGGGGACUGCAACGAUGGUAAAACGCUUGCUUCAGUCCUGGCUCCAUCAGGUUUUUUGUGACAAGUGGCAGAGCGGUAACUCACCAGUAACUUGAGGAAGACCUGGGUUUUUCUGUUUUCUCCUGACUUUUGGCAAGCUUUGAUGAAGGGAAAGCGUGUCGACUUUUCAGGGCAGAAGGUAGUGACAUGACCCCGGAGGAGACCCCGGGCAGCGGCGGUGCCCCCCGGCGCCUCCGUGCUACCCCUUGCAGCUGGCGUCACGCGGAGCUGCAUGGACGAAGAGACUCUCCUCCGUCACCCUUGGUGGUUGACGACUUGCUUUUUAAGCCAGUAAGCCCGAGGGGGAACCUCUCCUACCUAAUGAUGCUCUCUGGCAUUGAUUCAGGGGGACGAAUAACGCCGUGCAAGGUAUUCUCUUCUGCUGUCAGAAUUUUUUUUUAAACAGUGUUUUGUAAAAUCUCCAAACAGCUAUGCAGAGAACACGUGGAUGUUUCUCUUUCCCCAGCCCCCCUCUAUCCCCACCUACCUUUCCCAGUGUCUAAGUAAAAUAUUUAGCUUUUCUUUUUUUCUUUGAAUACUGAUGAAACUUUGGGAAAAACCUGAAAAUGUCCGGCGUUGUGGGUGGCAGGGGUGGAGAUGCUUUGAAACUUUAAUGUUGGUGUAAAUACUUUGCAAUUUGAUAAUUAAAUACAAACAGA